CACAAAGUGUAGGAACUCUGUUUGCGACUACUGGCAUGAUCAGCACGGCCAGUUCUUACGGAACUGACCCUUUAAAGCUGCCCUGCAUGGCCGCACAUAGGCUUCUUGAUCUCCUGCUAACCUAUCGUACGACUAACCGCUACGCAGCGCCUGAUACCAUUUGGUACUUUGUUUGAGCUCGAAAGCAGUCACAAUGCCCGCCGCAGCAGUCGAAGACAGCAAGGCGCACAAGUUCAACCCCAACUUCACACAACAAGUCCUUGCCGCAACAGGGCAGAAUGUCAAUCUGAGGGUUAAGCAGCUCACACACAGCUUAAUCAAGCACCUGCACGAUUUUGCGCGGGAGAAUGAGCUCACAGUCGACGAGUGGAUGAUGGGCGUGGAGCUGAUGAACGAAGCCGGCCGCAUGUCCGACUCGAAGCGCAACGAAGGUCAACUGCUCUGCGAUGUGCUCGGCCUCGAAUCCCUCGUCGACGAAAUUACCUACAAGCUCGCAACCGACGCCGCCGACGAGCCAACUGCAACCGCCAUCCUGGGGCCUUUCUACAGACACGACGCGCCCAAGCUGGAGAUGGGGAGUAACAUUGUGCGAGGCAAGCAGGAAGACGGCGACAGGACGUGGAUGCACGGCACCGUCACGGACUCCAUGUCCGGCAAGCCAAUCGAGGGCGCGGUCAUUGAUGUCUGGCACACAGCGCCCAAUGGGCUGUAUGAGCAGCAGGAUCCCGACCAGCCCGAGAUGAAUCUGAGAGGCACUUUUACUACGGGUAAGGACGGGAAGUAUGACUUCUACUGCCUCAGACCUGUGCCGUAUCCCAUCCCAUUCGACGGGCCGGCGGGCAAGGUGUUGCAGGCGCUGGACAGACAUCCGUAUAGGCCGGCGCAUAUCCACUUCCUCCUCCGAGCCGCGGGCCACAAGCCCAUCGUCACACAGAUCUUCGACCGUAGCAGCAAGUACAUCGAAGACGACGCCGUGUUCGCAGUCAAGGACAGCUUAUUGGUGGACUUCACGCCGUUCAAGGGCGAUCCGAAUGCCGAGUUCGAGCUGCCGUAUGAUUUCAAGAUGGCGACGUUUGAGGAUGCGAAGAAUGGGAUGCUGAACGGCAGCACGGAGGAGAGCGGAGCCGUCUAGGUACAGCAUUCACAAUGCACUUUGCUAUGAACAUGAAUGACACUGUUCGCCUUCUUCGUUGGCACACCCUCUCCUAAAGAGCUUCUUGAAUCAUGAUCUCUUCCCGAAUUGGGGCUUUCGUU